AUGUUGACCAACACUUUCCUCUCCCUCCUCCUCACAGGAGCUGCUGUGGCUUCUCCAACCUUCUCAAUCUCGAAGCGGGCCAAUCCCACCAUCAAGGGCUACAAUGACCAGCACAAAAAGCAGAUCGAAGAUGGCUUCGCGGAUGCCAUCAACCUGGCCACCUACCCCCAGACCAUCCCAGCAGCCCGCGUCGACCCCAUCCUGAAGAAAUACUUUCACGAGAAGGACAAAAACACAGUCAUUGACGUUUUCAAGAAAAUCACCGGCGAUCUCACCAAAGGCAAAGACGGCAGCGCAACGCUGGGUGACCUCCACGUUGUGAUCGACUACCCGGACCCAGACGACAACAACGUGCUGGCUUGCGAUGGAGACACCAUGGCUGAGCUGCGUGGAAUCGAUGAAAAACACCCCAAGUUGAUUAUUUGCGAGGGCGCUGGAUUUGGCCACGGCGGUGUCAGCAAGGGCUACCACGGCGUCAAGGCAAUCGACUGCGGCUAUCUGGACGAGGAAGUAUCAUGGAAGAUGGAGACAAUGGGCUCCAUUCUCAUCCACGAAUACACCCACUUCACCAACCUGGUGGUGCCGCCCCUGAAGGAUGAAACCGACGACAUCAAGGGUGGUUACGGGCCUCACGGUGCACGCCACCUGAACAAGGACAAGGCCACCAACAACGCCGACAACUACAGUUGGUUUGCUGCCGAGCUGUUCUGGUCGGAAGUCUGCGGCAAGUCCUUCAAGGAUCCCACCGAGAAGAGCUCCGAGGACCCCCACUGCGGUGGCCAGGUUUGCCAGGCCACCAAGGGCAAGCCCAAGAGAAAGAAGAACUAG